AUGCUAUUAUCUAGAUCUAGGCGAUACUCAAGAAAAAAAUGUUUCCUGUAUUUUUUGUUUAGUUCCCUGUUUGGAUGUGUAAUUUAUAUAGAACUGUUUUCUUAUUACAUAAAUACUCUAAAUUGGCACCAGUUAAAAUGUAAACACUAUAACAAAUGUACUAAAAUACUCUUAGUAGCAGAUCCCCAAAUUAUUGGAAAUAAUGAAGAAAUUUUACAUUUUUUGACCCCAUUUACUAUCUUUGAUAGUGACAGGUUUCUGAAACAAACAUAUAUACAAGCAUAUAGUUUUGUACAACCUGAUAUAGUAAUAUUUCUUGGAGAUUUGAUGGAUGAAGGUCACAGAGCUACAAAUCACGAAUUUCAUCAAUAUGUUAGAAGAGUGUUUGAUAUAUUUCUAGAUGCUACUUCAAGUUCAUUUGUAAGGCACAUCUGGAUUCCAGGCGAUAAUGAUAUUGGAGGGGAAGACACCUUGGUCACCAAAGAAAAGAUUGACAGAUUUGAACAAGCAUUCUCACAACCGAAGUUUAUUACUUUUAGAAACAUAAGUUUUUUCAAGAUAAAUCGUUUGAUUUCUGACAUUCCGGUGUAUAAAAAGAAGAGAGACUUUUAUAAUACUGACGAGUUGUUUAUAGGUUUAAGCCACGUGCCUCUAAUGUUCAAACCUUCAACUUUUGUUGAUAAGAUGCUAAACAAAAUGAUGCCUCACGUAAUGUUUACUGCCCACGAACACAAAUCAAUGAUAUUCAAUACUGAUGCUCAUCUUCGCCAAGAUUUCCAUCUAACGCCUGUUAAGCCAGAAAUCAAUCAAAUUUUCGAAUACUCUUUGGGAACAAAAGACAUGUAUGAAAUUGUACUUCCAACAGCGUCUUAUAGAAUGGGAACAAAUAAAAUAGGUUAUGGAUUUGCGGUCAUAGAAAAUAAUGACCUGCAGUUUACAGUAUUAUGGUCUCCGUCCAGAUUUUUACAUCUUAAAAUUUAUUUUUACGUUUUUCUAUGCCUUGUUACGUAUAUUUUUCUCAUGUUGUUAUUUAAGUGUGUUACCCUGUUAAGGUGCUCGAUAAGAAAUUGA